GAUCAAUCAGUACAUACUAUUGUAGUAGGUGGAAGGGCAUUUCGGUUGAGCUGGGAGUCUUUGAAGAGUGAUGCAUCACCAACCAACUUUUUUAUUGAGUAUUUCAGAAAGAUCGCAUCAUCCUCAACAUCAACAGCUAAUCAACAACAACCUUUACUGUGCGAUUCCCUUUAUUAUGGAUUGGCACAUCUACGUAAAUCACUUCUGGAGUAUCUAUUUGUCAAUGUUGGAGGACGUCUCUUCCGUGUUUCGUGGGAUUUAUUCUCGAGAGAUGGAAGACAUAACUUUUUUACCGGUCCUUUGCGACAUUCUUUACAUACACCACCUAAAGGAGAACGAAACGUGUCGCCGCUUUAUAUUGAUCGUGAUCCGGAUAUAUUUCAAAACAUUAUCCACCAUUUGCGAGGGUAUACCAUCCAUAUAAGGGACGAAGAGCAUCGAAAAAAUCUGUUAAGAGAUGCGCAGUAUUACGUAUUUCGACAAUUGUAUGAUAAAUUGUUGACAGUCAUGCCUGGAACAGCUCUUCCAGGCUACAGCGAUUCCGGUACACCAGAAAUAUUGAUGAAAUUGAGUGAUAUACGUCCUUCGAAUUUGAUAAAGCCAGAUCCUCAGAAACUCGAGGAAUCAGCCGACCUACAAUAUCAUCGAAAUGUUGAAGGAGAAACGUCACACAGGUUAUUGAUACAACUA